UCGAACCGGCCGGUCCUUUUCGCUCGCAUGGCUGCUGUUGAGUUGUUGUCUGCUGAAUAUCUAAUCAUUCUUCUUUUCCCAUCCCUCGCGUGGAUCCUAGUAACAGACAAGCUUUCUGCAACUUCAUUUCCCUUAUCCCCAAAAAAAUUGUUUCUUUUUCUCCAUUGCUUUCUUUUCCAGGGUUUGAUGGAUUCUACCGGCGUUCACAUCAAACAUAGCUCUGUGCUUACGGAGAACAGCCCAUUUCGAACAUCGAGUUCAGGGGAAUCCGGCACGGCAAAACGACCAAACUCCAAUGUCGACCGGAGCAAUAGUUCUGACGAGAUCACGGCUUUGGAUGUUGCUACAUCUAAGAAAGCUAGAAUUGGUGCAACAAACUUGUCUGAUUCCAAACGGUCCGUUGAAAAGCCAGCGGUUAUGAACGCAUCGGCGGAGGGGGAAAAUGGAGACAUUGGCAUAUCUGUUGUCAACAAGCCCGAUAUUUCCAGUUUGGACUACCCGAGUUGCGGCUCAGAAGACGAUAAUGGCAGUACAGAUGAUAGCUGCAUAGAUGAUAUAUUCUUUAAAGAGAGUGUGAGGAAAAAACUGCAGUUUUUGAGCUAUAUGGUUGGGAUGGAUUGCAGCAACCCAGUUGAGGUAUUAUCUGAAGUUGUGAGAGUCUUGAAGGAAUUGAAUGGAGGUUGGUGGUGCAACUCUCAUGCAGAGCUGAAGUGAAUUAGUAUUUUUUUUUCUUUUUCAUUUUUCUUUCUCAGUUUUUGCUUUAGUUGCAUGUAAA